AUGGAUGCUGCCGUGUACCUGCUCAAAUUUGGCUGUACUCUUUGCCCAGCCUUCCUCCCUCAUUGUAAGACCAUGGUUGACCACAUGAUCAACCAAAGUGGCUCGGAUCUCAUCAGAAAUUACGGUCCUUGGUCUUCUUUGUCCCCGUCCUCCCUGUCCUCGUCCUCUUACUCUCACUCCUCUGGUGGGCCAACCCACUGCUGUGUUAAAGGGGCUGACCUCAGACCAGUUCUAGAUUAUUUACAGCCUGAGUGUUGUCACAUCCUGGAUGAUCCUCAUAAACAACCACAGAAACAAGAGUCCGAGAGGUCCUACAUGAGGAAGAUGGAGACGAAAGAGAAAGCAGAAGCAGAAUCUGAGGCCCCCGUCCCAGACAACGACAACUGCACCAGCAUGGAGGACUUGGACAAACUGGAGUGUGAGCUGAAUGCUAAACGUUUGGAGUUUGAAGCGGACGCAGACGUGUCGGAGCUUGAGGCGACAGCAGACCAACUGGAGCAGGUGAUGGAAAACAUGGAGACGCUGCUGCUGGACGUGGAGCAGCUCAGGGACAGCUGCAGCGAUCAGGCCAGUGAGCUGCUGCAGGUGGCGGCGAACCUCAGGCAGCAGCAGGAGGAUCUAAGGAAGAACUACACUAAGCUGUCACAAGAGCUGCAGGAGAUAAUGGAUUCUGUGGAGGACCUGUUUGACACCAAGAGUGCCUUUGAGGCCAAAGAGAAGGAGGCAGAGAAACUGAACCGACUUCUCUGAGAGAGACAGACUUUGCGUUUGAUUAUAGAGUUAAAACCCACCAUGAGGUGGUUCUUUUGACUUUAGGUGUUAGGGAUACAACUUAAAGGGAUUCGUUCAGAUGUUAAGGUUUAAAGUGAGGCUUUAGUGACAUUUUUGAAUGAUAUUUAUUGCUUAUUUUUUCUUAAUGAAUAAAAAUAGUCCUAAAAAUAAUAUAAAUUGUUGUUUUCUCAAGUCUUGAGCCCACGCUGAGCUGUGCCAGUACUUUUCCUUCAACAAAGCAUUCUGUACAAGUUUUCUCAGUUUGAAAGACUCCCAUGGUUUGCCAACAUUCUGGCACGUGAGCAUAGCUUUUUAUUUCCCCCCUGACUCUGGUCUAUAUUUCUUAUUCUCCUCACAUCCAAGCACGCUUCCCUGUGGUUUCUCACUAGAAUUAAAACCAACCAUAGCCUAAAAACAAUGUUUUUCUCCUACCGGCUCCCCUGCUGUGACCUACUGGUCUAUGUUUAGUGGUUAUGGGAUGUGUGAAAUGGACAAUCAGUGGCAAGUAGCUGGUAAAAAAAAAGAAAGUAUAAAAUCUAUGGAAGUUCUGAAGCUUGCUUUCACCUUAGAUUAUUGUGCAAUGACAAGUGUUUUUAUGUAAGAGUGCAAAUAUUAAAUUUUGUGUGUUAAAAUACUUAA